CGUUUUAUUCAAUUUCAAAACUUCUAAAGCAAUGUCAGGAUUUCUCGCUCCCACAUCCAAAAACCUAUUCAAAUUCUUGUCAGUCGACAGUGAACUGUUUCCUUUGUUGGGAAUCUAUGGUGUGACGUUCGGUAUGGCGGGUUACAUGUUAGGUCAGAAGGCUCGCCAUAUUCAUCCGGAAAACAAUGUGCGAAUGGCUUCAAAAGAGACCUACCCGUGGCACUCAAGCGAUCCGAGCUCAGAUUUCAAGUACAAGUUUCAUAGAUACGGUGACCCCAAUGGUCCACUUCUGACUGCUCCAAGCGCAAUUGUAGAGCACACUGUUCAAGUUCAUGCGCCUAAGAGUAGCAUACCUCAUCAAUUGCUAGCUUAAUCUAUAGUUGUAUAUUGGUUUGGUUUUCCUUUUAAAACAAAUGUGUACAUAAAAAAAAAUUGUUUUCCAUUCUAAAUAAUAGAAGGUUUCUUUUGCUUUGCCUGAACUGCCAUUUCAUGGUAUGGCACACAGCCACUGAACCUGAGGACUUUAGGCGGCAGGUGCAGUG